UGGGGUCAGCAGGAGAAACUCAACAGCCAUGGGAGAGCCUGGGUCCGGAUCUUUUCCAAGCCUGCCUGUUCUGGGGAAGCUCAAAAGAAACAUGAUACCCUGGGCCUUACAGAAGAAACGAGAUAUCCACGUGGCCAAGGCCCAUCGGAGACGAGCUGCCAGGGCUGCCCUCCCCAUGAGGCUCACUAGUUGUAUCUUCCAGAAGCCAGUGACAAGGAUCAGGUCUCAUCCUGACAACCAGGCCAGACACAAAAAAGGCGAGGAGCACCUGGAGAAGCCACAGCAGCUCUGUGCCUACCAGAGAAUGCAGGCCCUGCCCCCCUGCAGCAGCCAAGGAGAAGGUUCUUCAAGUCCACUGGAUUUGGACAGCGUCUUAAGUGUUCUUGCUCCGGGCAUGGCUGGGGAAUCUCUGGACAGAGCUGGUGCUGAGCUCACACACAGCCGGCCUGAGCCCACCCCUGGGCAGCUUCCAACUGGGGCAAGGGCUCCCCCAGGAGUGAGUUGUCAGCUCCCACCGCCCCUCUCUGGCCAAUUGGUGACUCAUGCCGAUAUCCGGAGACAGGCCCGGAAGGUGAAGAAAGCCAGGGAGAGACUGGCCAAGGCCUUGCAGGCAGACAGCCUGGCCAAGGAGGCAGACAGAAAUGCUGAGGAGUAGAUGAGUGACAGUUCUGGGUUUUAGGUCCCUGUCUUUUAAUGCCUGUCGUCUUUGCUACUACGAAUUGUCACACUUUCUCCUUCCCCACCUGUUCCUUAUUAAAAGCAUUAAAAAG